AUGGAGAUUCCAGAAGAUUUAUUAAUAUGUAUCUAUAAUUUUCUAUUAAAACAUAAAUUUGUAAAAACAGCUAAAGUUUUUGGAAAAGAAACAGAUAAAAUAGAAUUUUUUUCAAAAGAAAAAGAAGCAACAUCAUUAAUUAAAAUAUAUAAGUACUACAUUGAAAAUAUUAGUGCAAAAGAAUCUAUCAAUGUUGAAAAAAAUAAUUCUGAAGUUUCAGUAGCAGAAAAAGCAGUAAAAAAGGAAAAAAAAUCAAUAAAAAAUAUACAAAUAGAAAAAAAGAUGAAAGUUAAAAAACGAAGAAAAACAGAUCCUGAUCAAGAAAUAUGUAUUAAAUCUAAGAAAUAUAAAGAUGAAACAAAAAAAAAUGUACAAAAUAAAAAUCAAGAUGAACAAUUAUGUGAAUUUUCUGUUGAAAAAGAUAGUUUGAAUAUUUUUAAUGAUGUAGCAAAUACUCAAUCUAAUAACAAAACAGGAGCAUCUAAUUUGGAUUUUGAGAUAAAUAAUAGAAAGAAUUCAGAAAAAUCUAUUAAUAUAGAAAAAAUACAGAAAAAAAAUCCAUCUUUUUCAAGAAUUGAUAAAUCAAAGAUUGAAUUUGCUCAUGAAUGUCUAAAAGAUAAUAGUUAUUUUGGAACUUAUCAAGAAGAAUGGAACGAAUAUGGAAGAAAGGCAAAUAAGGAUUUAUUAGUUAUCAAGGGAAAGGAAUUUAGAGCAGAAAAAAGCAAAAAAAAGAGGGGAAGUUAUCAUGGAGGCAAAAUUGAUUCUAAUGUUUCUCGAAGUUUUAAAUUCACAUAAUUAAAUUUCGAUAUUUAAAAU